UUUGGAGUAACUAGAGAAUUGGACUCAUCAACUAAAGUAGAAAUAGAAGACUGACAGAAAAGGUGUAAUAGAAGGGAGGAGCUCAGAAGAUAGGGUAGCAGUUUGAGAGACGGUGAUUCCAAAGGAUGGAGUUGGAGGUACGUCUGUCUAUAGCUGGGGGAGUGUUCAGGCUAUAAGUGUGAAAGAAUUUUUAGGUCAGGAUCUUAGAGAACUAGAAAAAGCAGUUUUUUAAAAGAUAGUCUUUAUGUCCGCCAAGGAAAUUCCUGAAAAGUAUGUGUAGGCAAAAGCGGGUAGUUUUGGACCUUCUGGGAUAGAGGAGGAAAACUGUGGUUCAUUCUCAUUGAGAGAAGAGGUGCCAUGUUAGAAACCUGUUCGUACCUGAAGUGGGGAGAUGACUGAAAGUGGGCAGAUUCAUACCUGGAAUUGUCCUUGAAAGUAACUAAUGGCAGAGAUAAAAUUUCUCUCCCUCCGGUUUAAAUAGUACAUAUGUCCUUCACUUGCUUUCACUCCCUCUCCUUCUGUCAGCUCCUUCAACCCCAGAGGUGUUCCACAAAGUGCUUCAUAUAAACUCAGUUUCGUCACCUAACCUAGUCUUCUGCUUUGCUUUUCCUCCUCAAGAACGUGAGUGCUGUUGUUUAUACUUAGCAAAAAACUCACCAGGACCGUAAUGCAGCCCUGUCUUCCAGUGCCUUUGUGUUCUGUGCACUUAAGAAGGUGGCUGUAUAUAUGUAGCUUAUCGGUAAUGAAGUCAUUACUUGUGAAAAUGUAUUGCUAAAACAAAUUACCAUAAAAAAUUUUAAAGUCAUUUUAGGAAUACUUGAAUAUUUCACUUAAGAAUUGAGAAUUUUCUUGCAAAAUUAGUGUAAUGUGGUAGUUUUCAGAAUUAGGAGAUUUGGGUUCAAAUUGUGACUCUGCCAUUUAGUAGCUUGGACAAUCAAAUAAUGUUUUGGAGCCUCUAUUUCUCAAUUGUCAAGUGGAGAUUAUAUUACUACCUACAUCACAGGGUUGUUGUGAGGAGUAAAUGAAAUAAUAUGUCAAAGCACCCAGCAGAAGGGUUGAUACUGAGUAAAAAAUUCAAUAAAUUUUAAAUGUGAGUGGCCAAAGAAAGAUAAUGUCAUAGAACCUAAGUUUAUAUAAGUUAAAGCCUGAAAGCAAGAGCCAAAAUGUAUUUUUCAUAACAGUGAGAAUAUUCUAAUUUACUUGGGUUUUUUUGUUCUUUUUUUCUUUUUCUAUGUGCCUGGGAGGAAAUUGGUUUGGCUUGUUCCCAAAUUUAGGUUUCUAGUGGGAGGAGGUGAAAAAUACAGUCCCACCAUGCUGCAGAAACACAUAAUGACAUGCAGCACCUUGGUGUGGAGUCUGUGUUGGUUGUUGGGGUGCCAUUUCUUAAUGAGAGAAAAUAAAGAUUGGUCUCUUGUUGCUCCAUGUCAGCUACUGAACUAAAAAUGUGUCUCUGCUCACAGACUGCUGCUUGCCAGAGCCCUUGACUCCCCAGGGGUGGAGCAAACGGUUUCCUUCCUGGACAGGGGCGAUCUAUGGUCAGUGUACAAGAGUUGCUGUAGCAACCCCGCAGCUGUGCUCUGCCUAGCAGAAACUCGGUACAAUAUCAUUGAUUUUGUUCACUUAAGUGAAAAACUGAUUGGUUUGUUUUUUAUUUAAUCAGAAAUUGAUAAAGUGAAAUUGGAACUUUCUAGCCAAAACAAGUCUCAACUUUGAAGCUGUGAAACUAGACAGUUCGAGUGUUUGAAGCAGCAGGAUACAGAGAAACAGUAAACACAAACCAUGGAUGAAAUUUAUAAGAUCACUUCCACGGAAAGGGUCCAGCUGUUGGAGAAAGAACUGGCUGUGCGAUUGACUGAACUGAAGUCUGAGAUAGAAGAAAAGGAGGUUCUUCAGGGAACAGCUCAUCGAGCUUAUAGCUCUGUUCAAAUACCAAAGGACGUCUCUUACUUUAGAAGAGAGAGGGAACUGGCUCUAAAGAGAACUCUCCAGGUGGCCGAGUCAAAGCCCCUUGUUGUUCAAGCAGAUGUCCUGCAGAGGGAGCUAGAGAGCUGCCUGAGAAGAGAGUACACUGCUGAAAAUUUACCUUUGAUUUUGUUGCAGUAUUAUACAGAGAGAAUUACUCAGCUGGCCCAGAGUAAAUAUUUACACAUGCUUAGGUGGAAGAGGUUUUGCCAGCACAGUAAGAUCAUGGAGCAACUUUAUCCUCUUUACAAGAAACAAGUUGCCUACAUUAUGCAGGAGUACAACGAUGCCCUUCAGAGAGCUGAAAGAUUGUCUGUUGCACGAGAAAACUUCCUUAUGGGAAAAAACAAUCCACCUAACUUAGUGACACAGGAAGACCUGACUAUCUACACAAAGUGGUUAGUGUGUCACCUACACUCACUCGAGGCUGUUCACCACUACCUGAAGGCCCUCCAGUAUCUGCCCAUCUCCAAAGUCCUGAGUGUAGUCAACGAACUCCCUGAGGUUGGUCAGGAGGAUGAAAAGGUCCGUGUUGACGACAUCCAGGGUUCUGCAUCUCCAGGCUGUAUGGAUACCAGCAUUUCAGAGCCGACGAGAACAGAAGCUGCUUUCAUCUUGCCCCGACACACAACAGAAACAGAAGAACUGAAACCUCAGCUGAAGCUCCUGCUCUCCCAUUUCAAUAUCCCCUAUGAUGUAGAGGGGCUAAGGGACGCUGCUAAGGACACAGAACUUUUAUUCCUGGUUUCCCAAAAAUUUCAAAGCAUCUUCAUGGAGCAACAGAGAAUGCAAACAUUUCCAGAUUAUGAUGUUGGGAGAACUAAAGCAGAGAAUUUGGGUUUGGCAGGACCUAGUAUGGCCUUGAAAAAGAGAGCCAACUGGACUUCCUUUAUAAAGAUUAAGCCAAAAUGUGAUCCUUGGCAAAAGAAGCUUUUGACCAGACUAAAAGAACGGAGAAGAAUAGAUGUAUUAAUGCAACUCCAAGCGAAGUUUUUGAAGAUUUCCAACCCUGAGCGAGUAAUGCAAGUGCUCCAAGAUCACGCUGUAAAGACAGUCCGUCUGGUUCCAUCUCAUCCAACUUUCAUGGCUUCCCAGGAUUUGCAUCAGUGCAAAUAUGACCACAUCUGGGAGAACAUUUAUAGCAACAUCAACCUCUACCAGGAUGAAAAUAUGAAGGAAGAUGACCUUUCAAUGGAACGAAAUGAAAAUGGCCUUGCACAAAUAAGUCUCAGCCAACAUGCUGACAAGCCUGUCAAGCAGGAAAAAGAGACAGGGUACAGCUUUGCAAGGGCCCUACAAUUGCUGGGCUUGGAUGACAGAACUGGGCCCAGUGAUAGGCAACCUGUCCUGAUGAGAGGGACCUACUUGUCCUUUCUGUAUCUGCGUCACCUGCGAAUCAGGGAGCUGCAGCGCAUCUGCUUAGGAAUUCUGAACUAUUUCAGAUCUGUUGAGCGAACGCUGACCAUCAACACUGCAGGCCUUACCUUGGUUGCAGGGAGCCUGGUCCCCACCAAAGAAGAUAGUUCCUGGGUAACGAUGGCCAAAGGAGGCUUGGGCACCUUGCAAGGCCUAGGAGCUCACCGCUAUGUCCAUGGGACAUGUGCUGAGCACAAGGUCCACAGCAUCCAAUUCAUGGAGUUCUCAGAAGUGGAGAACCAGGAUGACUACUACAGCACAGGAGCUGGCUACAUCCACACCCAGGACCCGCAAGGAGUGCAUGUCAUGUAUGACGAAGCCUUGAGUGAUCUGAAGGAACUAGAGAUGGAACUGCUGCUCGUGGCCAGCCAUUACAUUGAGAAAGAAAAAGGUCACAAAGAGGGCAGUGAGUCAAGUACUGGCCAGGACUGGGGAUGGGCCCACGCAGGUGUGGACAGAUUUGCUGUGCUGUAUGACAUGUGGACUUGGGAAGCAGCUCUUCUAGAAAACAAGCGCCAGCUUCUUGACAGUUACUUUGAAGCCUACCAGCACGUGCUGGACCCCGAGGAGAGGUUUGCCUUAGCACAAGUGAUCACUGACAUCAUGCACAGGUGCCCAAGGUUUGAUCUCAGCCACCCUUAUUUCAUUAAGGCCUACCAAGAUGAAUGCACCUGCCUGAGGCUUCACCUGCAGCUGGUCAGGGGCAUCCUCAACCAGCACAUAGAGCGUCAGCGGGAGUAUGUCCAGAGGCUCUGGCAACAAGGUCCUCCAGAUGAUAGCAAUAAAUUUGGACUUCCCCUUAACGUAAUUUGCAAACAACUUAUUUCCAUCAACAAUAGCUGCCCAGCUUUGAAAAACAUUUAUCUGCUGGAGUUCCACCCUUCCCUGGGCCUGGCAUCGCUCAUCCCCAGAGCCCUCGAACACCUCCUCCAGGAGGCCCGCCGCACUUACAGACCCACCACAGCCAGCCGCCUCGCCUUGCUGGAGAGACAUGUGCUGCGGCUGGCCCUGGACGUCUGGCUCUCCCCGGCCAAGCCUGAGUCCUGGUACAGCACACAGCUCCAGAAGGAUCUGUUUUCAACUAAAGUGAUGGGAGAUCCCUUUCUUGUGGGGGAGAUAAGCCAGCUUGCACUCAAGUCUGCAGCCGACGAAGGACAUAACCGAGGCCAAGACUCUCAGGUGCUGCUUCUGGAGACGUUUUCCAAACUUCUGGAACUCUUGACCCUCCGCCACCGGCUGAUAGAAAUGAGUCUGGAGAGUGUACACUUAGCUCGACUCUAUAAGGAAUUGGCAUGUGAGAUGGGUUUUGAAGAGUUCCAUUUGUAUCUGAGGCCUGUUCACUUUGAAUUUGCAUCACACAAGGACAAGGCAGACCACCCACCCCCUGUUUUUAUAACCUCUCUGCUGGAGGACAGUGAUCGUGUAGACAGAUAUUCUCCUACUGCUCUGGUCUUAGCCAUCUCUGAGGUGGAUGAUAACCAAGUUGGCAAAUUUAGUUUUCAUACAAAGGAAGCCAUCCUUAAGCUCUUGUUCCAUUCAGGAGUGGAGAAUAUGCAAGUGACCCUUGCAUGUCAAGCUGUUCAGAAAAACGCUUUGAUGGUGGCUAUCCAGCAGGCGUCCUUCUAUCACGCUUCCCGAGGGGACUGUCUUGCUGAUGUCAAGGAAAUAAGUUCAGAUCUGAGAAAUCAUGGUGGAAUGGGUCCACCCAGAAGAAGAAAUUCUAGAAUUGUGAAUGGCAUAGAGAGCUUCCUGGUAGCCCCAACUCCAAAAGUUCCAGAUACCCUUACUCAUCCUUCAGAAAGAUUCCAGGCUAUCAAAAGGGCUCCAGAGGCUUUCGUGUCUAUUCAAUUAGAAAAGGUGGGGCUGCGGGACAUGAUGCUGAACGCCUUCCUCCUCAGGAAGCAAACCAUGGCUGACAGAAUGAAGAGCCUGGAUGAAAUUGCGAAAGUCAAGAGAGACGUUAUAGUUGAAUUUUGUCAGAAAUUCAACCGCCACAUGUCUCACUACGCCCUUCGGGGUCAGAUCAUGGCAUAUUGCAAUAGCCUGAGAGCCCUGCUGGACGACUUCCCUACUGUCAGGGAUACCUUCUUCAUGGUGGGAAAACCACAAGAAAAGAAGGGACUGAGGGACUCCAAGGAAGGCCUCAAGGCUGACCCCAGGACCUAUCAGCCGCGGCCACGACGUUUGCUGUCUGAUGACGGGGAAGUCUUCCUCAAUUUAUGGUUCAUACCCCAUCCUGCUGAAGUGCUGGUUAUGUUUAAAACUCUGCCAGAAGAGGCAGCUUUCAGAGCCUUGAAGCUAACUCUGCAGCUGAUAGCCCCUCUCCACGACAUUGUGGCCUACCUUUUCAGUUUUGCUAAACUUGGAAAUUGUCCAGCAUGUUUUGAAUUUCCUCUAAGUCCUAACCCUUCGAGAGGUGACUGGGGAGGAACUGAGAGCAUCGGGUCUGAGCUUCAAGAGCUGCAGAAAAUGAUUGACAGUCUCCAGAGUCCCCAAGAUCCUACCCAGGUGUCCCAGGCCCUGCUCCUCCGAAGGGAGGUCAUGCUUCUGCAGUUCGACGCUGCAGUGAGGCACCUCAUCCGAAGAACAUUUCUGGCAGCUGGAAAUGCUCCUGCUUACCAGUCUGUCUCAGAUGGCAUGUACCACGGAUUGCCACCGCUGAGCAACUCUCUCGUAAAGAGCAUUUUUGCUUCGCAGCUCAGCCUGCCCCAGCCACUGGAUCCACGGAGCCCCCAGGCAUUUAUGCUCUUCCCUUGGAGAGCAUUUCUGGAAGAUGGAGGACUGUUUCCAGUUAUGAGUUGCAGCCCAGAUACCCUAGAAUACAGUAUGCAGCUGUGCCUGUGUAGGCUGAGUGACCGUGACCUCAAGGUGGCUCAUGAGGAGCUAGUGGGCAUGCAGCUGCUAAUGGAAGAUGUACUUCUGAGCAACUAUCAUAGGAUCAUGGAGCGCCCCCCAGGACAGCAAGCCUCACUGGACAGAAGUACACAGCCAGAUUCACCCAGAGUGCCAGGAUUCAGAAGUCAGUUCCACAGCAGUCCAAAGGCCUCCGAGCUGCAGGGGGGCCCGUGCAGUUCAGUGAAGUCUCUUGCUUUGCUGAGAUCGUUUUUGGUGCUGUGGAAGCAGUUGGAAGUGCUAAAGGAGCACUGGGGCCGACUCAAGCUGCAAGGCCAGGACAUCAAUUCUGUCUCUCUCCACAAACAGUUCUCAGAGCUCUAUGGGACUGACCCUCUCUACCCCAGCAUGGAAGCUAUGGCUGGGCGGAUGGGGAGAGAAGAGGAAUCUGAAGGACUCAUAACAAGUAGUCAGACUAUUCUUCCCCCUGAAGGAGCUUCAGAAAUUGAAAUAAAAACUCAGCAGCUUCAGAAACUUCUGGAAAAUCUUGAAAUUCAUAUGAUCCUGGAGGUAUUAAGAAAAGUUAACAGAGAGAUAUCACUGGUUGUAUCAGAAAAGUCCAAGGAGCAGAGUACUCUCCCUACAGACCUUUGGAAACACCAAGUCAUGAAAGAAAACUUUUCAGUUAUCAGACCACAAAUAGUUGAAAAAUUUAUACAGAGACUGAUGGAGAAUCACCAGGAUGGUGGACUAGAGAUCACUUUCAGGAAAGAACACCUUGAGGCCUGCCUCCUUUCCCUGGGUUGUGAUGUGAUGGCAAGAGAACGCAGCAACUUUGAGAGCUAUUCCAUGUGUUACGAACAUGUGUUGGAGCAUGCUAGGCAGAAGCUCUGCCGGAAGGAGCAAGAAUUAGAUGUUUUACGAGAAGGUCAGAGUCCACCUGAAGACAAUGCUGGUCAGGUUGCCGAGCUCAGUCAUGAUAUGAUCAUGGAAAUCACUGCUCUGAGAGCCCGACUCACGGAUUUGGAAGAAGAGAAUCUGAAUCUCAAAAAGCAGAUUAGAAAAGAGGUCCAAGAAGAGUACGAAGCCUUAGUCCAAGCUUUGUUUGUGACGUGUUUACAUAUCAAAGAGAAGCUGGAUGAGAAUCAGCUUAAUUUGAUCCAAAAAGUGUGUGAGCUCAUUGAUGAAGUCAGAACAGAAGGGAUCGACAAUCUGAAAAGCCUAAAGAAAAAAUGGGGUUCCGCCAGGCCUGACAAAGAAAUGAAAGAACACCCAGCCAAAGAGCAGCUGUGGGCCUUGGAGCGGGAUAACUGCAGCCUGGCGGCCCUGGUGUGCAAAGCAAGGAGCCUGGGCCGGUGGAGGCUGGCUGUGCAGCAGGCUCGCUUCCAGGGCCAGCUGAGCAGGGCCGAGAAGGAAGCUAUGCAGAGUAAAACAGAGUGCUUGAGCAUCAAGCUAAUGGCAGAACAAGAAGCAGUUUUAUUUCGUCAAGAGUUACUGGCUCUAAGACAGGCCCUGGCCAGGGCUCAGGCUGACAACGUGAGGAUGUGCAGGCAGCAGGAUAACCAGGCUCAAUUACUGAAAGAGCUAGAACAUAGAGUGACCCAGGAAGCUCGCCACCGGCAGCAGCUGGAUUUAAUAAAAACCUCCAGCAUGGAGAAGCUCCUGGAAGAUGUGGAGCAACAAGAACAGCACCUGCAGCUCCUUACUGAAGAAGUCAAGAGGGCUUCUAAACUGGGCCAGCUCCAGCAGAGGAAAAGUCAGAGAGAACUCCACCAGAUGAGAAGCCGGCUUGCCCAGGAGCGCAGCGUGAAGAUGGACGCUUUCCAGCGUGUAGAAGAGCUGCAAAGUCAGCUCAACGACGCUGAGCAAUCAUCUGUCCAGAGGAGCUCCCCACGCGGCCUUACCUCCUGGGCUCGCUGCUCCCUAAAUUCUGCUUCCACAUCAACCAGAUACUUCCAGCAACACCUUUUAAAGACUAACCUUAUGGGCAGUAAAAUAACAAGAAGGAUUCAAAGGCCAAAGACUGUACCUAUUAAACACACAACAAGGACUGACCAUGCCUUCCUACCUAAUGUGGCAGAAACUGUUCAACUGUCAGCUUUUCAAGUUCAAACGGCUCCAUCCAGGAUCCCAUUCCGAACUGAUUGGUAAUCAUAUUUCCUUUUUCCCAGUGUUACUUCUAUGA